AUGUCCAACCGCCGUAACAACAACCGAACCGACGACUCGACAACGUCCGAGUUGUCAAUAUCAGACUCACUCAAAAGUCUGAUUCUCAACACAGUCAAUGCGACACGGGAGUUCUUCGAAUUUACAGAUGAGGAUCAGCGCAACUCAUCCCCUGAAGUUAUACUUCGACGUAUGUUGUCAACCAAGUCGGCGAUAUCAACGAAUUCGUCUCUCGCUGAAGCAAACCAACGUGCUCGCGACGAUGCAGCUCUCAAGAAGUUUUCCAACAUCGGUCAAGGUCAAUGUGGCACAAUAUUUGCCUUGAAAGGCACGACUCUGGUCGCCAAACUGCCCAACUCUUCGGGUAAAGAAGAUGAGCUCUUCACCGACUUCCAAAUGCACCGACUCGUAUACGAUGCUUUCGCAGUCUUCACGUCUCUCUGCAAGGACAUCCAUGUGCCUCAAGCAGAAGCAUGGAUUGACCCGCAGAGUACUGAAUUCUGGAAGGAUAACGCCGCCCUAUUCCCUGCGGUCGUGAAGACGCCUAACUACGGUCUUUUAUCGGAACGCAUAUGGCCUCUUCCCUUUCCAGUGCGCGAGGCCAUUGUCGAUGCAUUAUGCCCAAAGACAGUCAAGGACAACAAGAGCGACUUUCUCAAGCGGCCUGAAAACAAAGAUUGUCUGGUACGACUGUACAUGGGCAGACGCAACGAUUCGCGCAAGAUGGAAGCAAGGAACGUUCGACUUCGGAAUUUCCCCCUCCAUGUCGAUGAGAUGGAGCGUCUGCGUCUUGACACGCGCUCUUUUGCUAUGACCAUAGCAAAAUCUCUGGCCGUUCUUCACUGGAAGGCUGGUGUAGAUGCUAAUGACGUGGAGUUUGUUCUGGGUAGUCGUCCACAGAUCGCUGGCAAACCGACAGUAGAAGAUGUGCUCACUGCCAACAAAGAUACGGCAGCAGACUUGUACCUUACCGACUUCAACCACCGCACCUUAUCCCUUUGGCUUCUGGACUUCAACCAAUGCAAGCCUUUCGAGCAUAGCGCAGCUGGGGUGAGCAAGCUGGUUGAGGCAUUCUGGUUCAACGAUCCCUACUAUCCUCGUCCUAUUGCCACCAACAAGGCUGAUAAAGACCUCUGGGAUGUGUUUCAGGCCCAUUAUCUGGAGAUCAGCACAGAGCUCACCAAUACCCCAGGGCCAAAGAUGUUCAUUGAAGCCGUGAUAGCAAAGGGAAAAGCACGAUCAGGUGGUAGCAUGUUUGGUUAA